CACACUUCCAGCGAAAGUCUGGAGGAACUUUGCUGUGAUGUCGUCGACGCAUAUGUGAAUUCGUUGGAUUGCGAGACAGUUGCGGUAAAGGCGAGAGAUCCUUUAUUGUUCAUCAUCUCCAACAUAACGGCAGCGUCAACAUUUAGCGCCAAGUUCGAAGCCAACAGCACGGACUUUGUGCAGCUGGCCAACAUAAAUAGAGGCCUGCCCGACAUGUCGCCACUGCAAAGUGAUAUUGCACCGUGGCUUGGCUUCUUACAAUGGCGCCUGGAAAGGGCCUUCCGGCGCCACAUGAAUGAGCUCCUGGCAAUCUUCAGCCGCCUGUAUGACAAGGCUAAAGCUGAUUACGUUCAAGGGAAGGAACUCAACUUCGUACACGCUAUUUUGGCUGCCAGAGAGGAAGCAAUUGCGCAAGACAGGAACGAUGCUGUCUACCUGACCGAAAGAAACCUGAUUCAGGUUGCGCUGAACCUGUUUGAAGUGUGCGAGGGUAACCCUUACUCGCUUCCGUCGCGAACCUCGGUGGUUCUGAGGCAGUUCAGUCAACGUGCUCGUGGUUUCUGGACGAACGAGUGA